CACCCGCAUGGGGCGGCCGCCGCCCCGCGCCGCGCCGCGCUGAGGGAGGCAGGCGCCGAGGGACCGGGGCGGGGGACGGAGCCGGGACCCGCCGCCGGCAUGUCCGCGCCCUGCUGCGCCGGCCAGUUGGCCUGCUGCUGUGGCACUGCCGCUUGCUCCCUGUGUUGCCGAUGCUGCCCCAAGAUAAAACAGUCAACAAGCACCCGCUUCAUGUACGCGCUUUACUUCAUCCUGGUGACCAUCAUCUGCUGUGUCAUGAUGUCGACGACGGUAGCUAACGAGAUGAAAGCACGCAUUCCCUUCUACGAGCAGAUGUGCAAGGGAAUUCAAGCAGGUGAAAUGUGUGAGAAGUUGGUGGGAUACUCCGCAGUGUACAAAGUCUGUUUUGGAAUGGCCUGCUUCUUCUUUUUCUUCUGCUUGUUCACCAUCAAAAUUAACAACAGCAAAAGCUGCCGAGCUUAUAUUCAUAACGGAUUCUGGUUUAUUAAGCUUCUACUUCUGGCAGCAAUGUGCUCAGGAGCAUUCUUCAUUCCUGAUCAGGACACUUUCCUCAAUGCCUGGCGCUAUGUAGGAGCAACAGGAGGUUUCCUUUUCAUUGCUAUUCAGCUCAUCCUGCUUGUUGAGUUUGCACACAAAUGGAACAAAAACUGGACUGCAGGUGCAAACCACAAGCAGAUGUGGAACGGUUUGCUCGCCCUGGUCACUCUCGUCUUGUACUCUGUUGCUGUGGCAGCCCUGGUCCUCAUGGCUCUCUUCUACACACGCUCAGAGGGCUGCAUGUACAACAAGGUCCUGAUCGGUGUCAAUGGUGGCCUGUGCCUCUUCGUGUCGCUGGUAGCCAUAUCACCCUGUGUCCAGAAUCGCCAGCCCCAUUCUGGUUUGCUGCAGUCAGGAGUUAUCAGCUGCUAUGUCAUGUACCUCACUUUCUCAGCAUUAUCCAGCAAGCCACCAGAAACCAUCCUGGAUGAAAACAAUCAGAACAUCACAAUCUGUGUUCCUGAAUUUAGCCAAGGCCUGCAUGGAGAUGAAAACCUGGUUACGGGUCUGGGUACUACCAUUCUCUUUGGCUGCAUUUUAUACUCUUGUUUGACCUCAACAACACGUGCAAGCUCUGAGGCAUUGAGGGGAAUAUAUGCAGCACCUGAAACCGAAGUAGCUCGUUGCUGCUUUUGCUGUGUGCCUGAUGGAGAUGCUGAUGCUGAAGAGCACAUUGAAAAAAGGGGAGGCCAGACCGUGAUUUACGAUGAGAAGAAAGGCACAGUGUACAGCUAUGCUUACUUCCACUUUGUUUUCUUCCUGGCUUCACUCUACGUAAUGAUGACAGUAACCCACUGGUUCCACUAUGAAAGUGCUCAAAUUGAAAAAUUCUUCACUGGAACCUGGUCAAUCUUCUGGAUUAAGAUGGUCUCCUGUUGGGUUUGUGUCUUUCUAUAUUUAUGGACUCUUAUUGCUCCACUGUGUUGUCCAACCAGACAGUUCUCAGUAUGAACACUCAGAAGAUCCUACUGCAUAUUUACUUUUUUUUUCCUGUUACAAAUAAAGUACAGCAGUCACUUUGUAAUGAGGAGAAACCUAUUGCCCAGUUACCAUAAUAUACCAGGUAUUAACUUUUUAGUCAGACUAAAAUGACUGAAGACAUUUUUUAACCUCUUUUAAUUGUCAGGAACAAGUGUUGCCCAAGGGGAUAAAUCUGUUCCAAAACUUUGUAACACUCGUGUAUAGUAUAGGAAAUGUGGUUGUUGCAUAAACUGGAAUAGGCAAAAUACUUUUCAAAUAACUGACAAUCUUUCUUUUACUUCAUUGGCAAGAACAGAAGAAAAUACAGUGUAGAUGUAUCUUUUUCCUGUGAAUGUUGAAUAUCUUCUAGCAAAAUGCAUUCCUUUUUAUACUCUUUUAUUCACCGUGUCUUUAGCAAUGAUUAUUUGGAUUGCUGUUUUGUAUAGCCUAUAAUUCUUGUAUGUAGCAACCAGAUAAUUUUUUCCAGAAAGAUACCUAAAUACUUCUGUAGAAAUAGAGAAUAUGCAAGAAUUUGACUGCCAAAGCAUCUUCUAAAAAUUUUUAAAAUGUUAAAUAUAUUUUAAGUUAUUGUAUACCUAGACUGAGAAAGGAAUGUACCAUUGAUAAUAGAGUAUUUAUCCUAUUUUAACUUAAACAGGCACCUAAAUAUUUUAAGUAAUUCAGAAUUGGUCUAGUUGUUAACAAAAGGAGAGUUUUACACACAGAUUCUUAAACGAUACUUUGCCAGAUUAAGAUUAGUAACUGUAAAGUUCGUGUACUGUAGGGGGAUUUAAUAUGGUACAUUCUUUAUUCAGAAUGUUUGCUGUUGAGAAAAUGCUAUUUACCGGAGCGCUGCCAGUUUCUGUUAGCUGAGCACUCCCUUUUAAAGUCACUUUUCUACCCUGCUGUCUCAGCCUGUUCCUAAAAAUCUCCCAGGGUCUUCAGUUCUGUUUCUAUUGCUAAUUUGAUAAUAUUUAAAAUGCAGUGGUAGUCAGAAAAAGGACUAUAGUAUAUCGUCUUCCUUUUCUGCCUGUGCGUUGGUUGGAAGGUGUUCUUCCUAACUGCUAUAAUUUUAUACCCUCUGUUGAUGUUCGUUUUGCUGUUGGAAUAGGAGAUAGACAACUGAUUAAUUCAUGGAGACUGAACUUCUUUUGGAGAACUCCUAUUCCAGACAGCAGGGUAAGCAGUCAGGAAAGCAAAACCAGAAAACACAAGUGUGACAGUAGCUGCCUUAGUGCAAUUGACUGACUUGACAAUAUUAAGCCCUAUCAUAUCGCUUUUGUUUGCUUCAAGCAGAUGACUUGGUGGUAGAACAACAGCUCAGCUGCUCUAAGUGCUGAAUAAGUUCGAACCCACUUCAGUUAUCUACAUUCCAGUGGGAAAAAUUUAUGACUUACAUUAGUCCCAGAGUCUUUCUCUUCUCUCUCUCUCUGUGUAUAUAUAUACAUACAAUGUGAAAUGUGCAGGAUAUAAACAAAAUCAACCAAUUUAGCAGGGUUUUUUUGUUGGUUCUUUUUUUUUUUAAUAUGGUUGAGCCUUAAAUCCUCACUCAACGCUUUCUACAAAACAAAAGCACAACAUAGAGGUCAAUGAGAUGGCCAAAGUAUUUGCAUGCCUUAUUUGUUCUGUUGCAAUAACUGAUAGCUAAGGCACACAUGAUGAGUAAUCCUAAAAUGCAACAAAUCUCAGCUCUGCUCCUGUUUUCUUUGACACUUUUAGCUGACGUCUUGCUGUGGUAUCCUAAGGCUUCUGUCCUGCUUGGAACUUGCUAGGAAUGUGAUCCUCCCAACUCCAAGCACUCUUACCUUGAGCAAAAUCCACAGGUCCGCAGUUCUGCAUACUUAUAUUACCUACCCCAGUGAUCAGGACCUUCAAAAUACCUCUAGUAUGAAGUCUGAGGAAAGGAGUCUGCUCAGAGGUGAACCCCUUGCUCUUCUCCUUAUUUUCACCUAGGGGGAAAAAAAUCAGUUGAAGCUUAUCUUUGAUGUUGAGUUAGAAGUGCAACCAAUAGCUCUGGAGAUGGUGGCAGGUUUAUGUCAUUCUUUUUGUCAUAAGCAUUUUGCUUGUGCUCUGAGAUCCUGGUCUCAUCAAGAGCUCUGCUAGCAUGGGGUCCAUCAGUAUCCCCUCGUGCAUUUGGAGUCUAGCCAUGUAGAUCCUGCUGCAGCAAGAAGGCCUUUUUUAAAUGCAUUCGCUAUCAGGAAGCGUUUAUCUGCCCCAUCUCCAAGAUAAGAGCUCAUGGGCUGUGCAGUGAUGAGGAACAGUUGUCUCACAUAACUGGCAGCAGUUAUCUGACAAACAGUCUUGAUCCAGAGCUACAACUGUGAGCUGCAACUGAGACAGCCCAGCUCCUUGCCUCUCGCGUGGUGAAUGUGAAUGCUGAUCCCUAACGUAUAGAGGCUCCUAGGGGUGGCCUUCUCGUGUCAUGUAUGCUGUGGUAUGAGAAGCCAAGCGUAUUUUGUUAAAAUUAACGUUGUUUUUUGUAACAGAACAAUCUGGGAAAGGAGCUCCACAGAAGAAGGCAUGUACGACAUCUUAUUUGUUUACAAAAAUGUUUAUUUUUGGUAGGUAGCAUCUUCCUACACAAAAACUCAACGUACCUCCUUGUGCUCAUUUUUUGUAGUUUGUGUUUAGGGAAAUAGGUUUUGCACAGAGGAAACAGGGUUGUAAGAGGAAAAUCCGCAGUGAGGCCUGAGUCUGUUCUUCUUGCACAGCACUUGUCUUGCUGAGUUGUUCCUUCAUCCUUCCCUUCCACCAGCUACUGACCUUAGAUCUCUGCAGGUAUGCACAGUGUUGGAAUUCGGCAGUGCCUGACUAUGCUGCCUCCUAUGCUUCUGAGCAAACACUGUGGGAAAUGACCCAGACAAUAAUUAUAAAGACCUGUCUGUCCAUGCUGAGACCCCAGGUACAGCUGUGGGUCUCCAGGUCUUUCUUAGGAAUUGAUAAUCGCUAGCACCUCGGUGCACAAAGCCUCUAGCUCCUCAGUGAGGCACGGGCUCCUGAUGGCCUCGCAAAUCCUACAGCCUUAGCAUUUGUUGUGAAAUCUGUACUGUGAACUUCCCACAUGCAACUACUUUACACAAAUCAUGGGCUAGUGUCUAAGAUUCCAAUGCCCAAAACAUACAUUGUGAACAGUUGACACAAAUGGGCUUUUUAUAAUCUUUUUAACAAGUGCCUUUGGACCUACUGCCGUGAGAGGUAGUAAUUCAGGUGGCACUGGAACUGGAAAACCUGGGCUGAGCCUGUGACUCGGUGCUGCUGCCUUGUACAUGACACCGGCGCGUACAAGGUGUGGUGAUGACCUGUGGUGCAUGUGGAAGACCAAACAAUUGUGCUUGGCAAACCACUGGAGUGGGACUGAUUUCAGAUGUUACAGUGCAGUGGAAGACGAACUGGGAAAACUCACAGACAGCCUGAUGAUUUUGUAAGUAAAUGAGUAGCUGUUGCUGACACUUACACUGUAAGCUGUCGGACUUUCUACCCCCGUACUGAAAGGGCAGGUUGUUCUGCUCGAGGCAGUGCGGUGUCUCCUGCACCGACACAUGCCCUGCGCCGUGGCCGUACUUUGAGUUUGUUCCCAGAAAUAAGACAGCAGUGCAGCACUUCUGGCUCCUGCUAUUUUCGAACUGUGUGAAGUGAGGAAACUGCUGUCCUAAAGACAGGAAGACCAGAGAACAUGUCCUGUGCUACGUUUCCUCUAGUUGAGCUCGAAUGUAAACUAAUGCCAUUGUUUAGGGGACUUUUGGAGGAAUGGUCCACGUUGGCAGAAGUUAGUUCUGCUGGGAAAAUGGGGUAACAUAUUGGCAUUUUCCUACUUUUUCAAAUUUGCCAGCAGAAGGAAGGCUACGUGGAACCUCGUUGCUGCACUGCUGCCUGAGGCUGGGACAGUUUUACUUGUGAGGGCAACCUGGAGCUGAAAUUGCGACUGGUUCUUGUUGGGGAUAAAAUCAGUGGGAUGGACUCGGAGAGCGAGUCCCUGAAUCCAGACAGCCGGACUAACAAGUGAGGCCACAAAGCCUUACGAAAAACAUGCAGAAAGCAGAUGGACACGUCUGUCUGCUGCUUGCCACCCCGCUCCUCGCAGCGUGCGGCUGGAUGCUCUGUGAGGAGCGGCACUGUGAUCGCAGAUCAGAGCUCUGCGUUUCUGAUGCUUCUCGCUCUGUCCCUCAGGCGUUUCCUUUGGGGAUCGAAAAGCUGAUACUUACCCAGCUGAGCUGGUGAAUCCUGGCUAGGUUUGGGCCGCUUUUGUCUGAAACGGGUAAUGGAGUGUUGCUGAUGUAGGCGUAGCCCAGAGAGAGGGCUCACCCCUCGCGGAACCGUGAACGCUGCGUGUCUAUUUAUUUAUUUAUUUUGUGUUUUAGCACCUUUUCUCGAGCCUUGGAGCGCUUUGGCAUUGUGAGCUAUGCACGUGUAACUGCUUCACCAGCCGCUGGCGCAGCAUUUUCUGGGCUGGGGCAUUGCUAGGAACGGAGCAACCAUUGCACUGCGUGGGGCGGGAGGGGAGCUGGCUUCUCACGAUGCUCAGGCUUUGACCAAUGCGCCAGGAAUUUGGGGAACUCAAGAUAACGCUGCCGUAACCUGGGCUAACAGUCCACAGCAUCAUUGGGAUCUCUGAACAAAUUGGUAACAAAAUAAUUCACUGUCUGGUUUUAAAACAUGCUAUGAAGAAUUUAUGCUAUAAACCAUUACGCUUUUCUCCUAAAUGAGUUGGUGAAGCAAAAUACUCCAAGGUUGUACAUAUGCGGCUAAAUGAGCGAGAUUAUCUGCAGUUAAAAAAAAAAAAAGUCUUUCCUUCAGGGCUUUGAUGCAGUCUCUUCCUUGCAAGCUGCAUCCUCCCCCCAUUUUAUUUACCUUUCUCUCUCUGAGUCUGUUCUUUGAAGGUGCUGUAAGCCUGCUUAACUCCUGCUCUGCUGCCUGCUGCUGGGAUGUGGUCGGUGCUAGAAAGGAGCUGACUUCUUUGCCAGCUUUUGUCAAUACUUGCCUUUUUGUAAGAGGACAACUGGCAGUGUUGAAGCAAAGUCGAGGAUCGUAGUUUCGUACACGGAUCAGCUUUCCUCUGUGAAAAAUGCAUCUUUGUUUUCCUGAGGUGGCCUGCAGGUUCUGGUGGGAGGAAAACGCGUAACCAGGGCAGCAGAGCUUCACUUUGUGCUUUCAACUUUGUAAAUGGCAGUCUGAACCCAGGGUUUCGUCUGACUACAAGGGAAUGCUGGGGUCAAGUGCUUAGGAAGCGUGCGCUUUUUGUGCUCUUAAUAGGACACGUAGCUUGGGAACUGGUGUGUCCGCGUUUUCAACGUCCCAAAGGCAAAGUGCACGAGCCUCCCUGGGGGGAGGCAGGUACACGGCGCAGUGCCUGGAGUAGCGGCCUGGGGCUGUGGGUCAGGAGGCCAUCACGUUGCCAUCCCCGUUCUAAGGCCAGGAGAAACUCUGUAGGUUUCAAAAAUCCACUUGUGUUGUUUUGUUUUUUCUUUCCCCAACCCUGGUUUAGAAUCAUUCCACAUCUGUUCAACAAUGCUAUUUAAAAAAAAAAAAAAAAAACCACUUCAGAUUUAUUUCAAAUAUGAACCAGACUGGCUCCCCCCGUUUGCCAGUCUCGGAUAGCUCGCACCACUGCAGCACCCAGCCGUUUGCACAGACGUCUGCAGAGCUGCAGUUGUCAGCCCUGACACGGCUCCAGCAGCCUGCAGCUGCCAUUGCCUGUGUUACUCAGAGUUGUGGGGUGCAGCACUGGGGCCGUGUCUUUGCCAAAGAAGUCUCAGUCCGAAGCCAAGGAAAAUUUGGGAAAGCUAUAGGAAAAUAAUGUGCCGUUACUCAUACCUUAGCUUUAUUUUUCCUCUUGCUGAUACACGUCCAGGUGCUUAGAUGUCAUUGGACAUCCACGCAGACUUAAAGUGAGGAAAACCAAUGUUCAGAGGAAAUUUUUCAACUUGUCGUAUACAAGCUGAGAAGGUAUUUACAAGGAACAUAUGGUUCAUUGUCUGUUUUUAUUUACCAGAAAUGAGUGGUGUUUAGUCUCAUGUAUACCAUGUUUGAAAACUGGAUGCAAACUAGGGAAAAUGUAAACACUUUCUUAAUGGUGAAGGGUUUUUAAUUAGUCCUUUUCAAGGUUCUUAAUAUCUCAAGGGAACUCUUUGGUGUGUAUGUGUGGUUUUGUUUUAUUAAUCUAUAGCUCAGUGAAGCGGAGGUUUGCUAGUUUAUUUAACAUUUUUUGUGAGUGUUGUGACCCGUAUAACUGUAACGCUUUGACUUUUAAGGAUUGGUAGACUUCAGAAUUCUCAGAACUAAACUGUAAAACAGCAUUUGCCUUUUUAAAGCAUGUUAAUGGUUUUUAUGGACACUUCCUUUUGUAUACUGAGUGAAUGUAUUGUUAUAGGUUUAAUGUUUAAUGGACCAAUAAAUAAAGUUUUUCUUA